GUCUUCUGGAUUGGUUCAAAAUUACAAGGCUACGGAGUUGAACAUUGCGGCCGCGGGCCGCACAUCGAGGAUUGGCGGGCCGCAGGUUGAGCACCCCUACAAUAUUGUGUUUCUUGUAAGAAUUGCCCAAGAUGACUAUAAGCUUCUUACUGAAUUGAAUAAGGAAUGUGACAUGACUUAUGCUGGUUUAAGAAAGAUAGGUGGCAAUUUAAAUAAGCAACUGAAAGAAAUGACUGAAAAACAUUUGGAUUUUCGAGAAAAAGAUGCAGCAUUGAAACCCUAUCUUGAAAUGAUUGAUUCCAUUAAUGAAAGUACUAGUAAGCUGGAAGCUGUAGCAUACAUGAUGGAUGCAUAUACAAAACGUCUAGAGGCAAAGUUCAAAAGCUUGGAGAAACGUUAAAAUUCUUUGAUUGGUGCAUAUGGCGCAGCACAAAGACAUUCCUUCGUUUUUCAAUGUUAUUUUAAAGGUUUAUUUAAAUUAUUUUGUGUGUUGUUUCUUGAAAAAUUAAUUUAUAAUUUAUGUUACUCCUGUAUGUUCAUUUGCUCAUCUUGCUGUGAAACUAAAAUAAAAAUCCUACACUUUAUCUUA